AUGGCUUCCGCCAAACAGAUUCAUCUCCCGACAGAAAUCCUCGUUGAGGUCGCGCAAUACAUACGGGAUUUCCGAGAGGAUACAAAUGAUACCCAGACGGAUCGCCCAUUUGUAUACCAAACAACACUUCACAGCUUUUGCUUGGUGUCGUGGCAAUGGUACUCUGCUGGGAUUGAAAUGCUGUACUCCCGGCCCGAUCUCACCAGAGGAAACAGCUUCGCAAAAUUCACCAGCACGGUAUGCCCACCCCUUCGUGCGAAAAAACCGAGUAUGGACUUCGGGUCAAUGGUCCGAUUCUUGUGGCUCGGCGGGUUAGUGCACCACAGCUCCAACAGUCUGACUUCAAGGCUGUUGGGCCGCGUGAAGAAAAAUCUACAGCUUUUCGUUGCACCCAGAACCUCAUUUUCAAUCAAUAGUCUUGCACCAUUGUCGAAGUGCAAGGAACUGGUUCACCUGCGGCUAGGGCUUGUGAUAGAACCAAUUGAGCUUCCCGUCCUGAAAAAGGCUAUCUCAGGUCUUCAUAAGCUUAGGUCGCUUGUUUUGCCAUCCUCGAUGCUGAUUACUGACGAUCAAUCCGGCUUAAGCUGGCCUGCCAAUAUCUGGCACAUGCAACUAGGCGGAAGAUUUGACCUAGAGUCUAUGCCUACCUUUCGGUGGCCACCAAAUCUUACAAGUCUCGCAUUCUGUGGCUGUGAGGACCUCAACACUUUCACCCUUGAGUUGAUUCUGAUGAACGAGCAACUGUGCUCGACCCUGCGCACAUUGUCUCUUCACUCCUCAAAUGGCAAUUUGCUGGGUGAUGACGAAGCCUCCAUUCUAAGCGGCUUGCUCGCAUUGAGACGACUUGAGGUGCCUAUUGAUGUUUUAUACCCAUUACUCAUUCUACCUGCGUCUGAUGAAUCUACCUCGCCACUCUCAAUCCGUGAAUUGAUUCUCAUGGCACCAUAUGAGGAGGACUCCGAGCCGGAGUUUGACCUUGAUGAGCUCCACAAGGCCCUCGGGCGGAAUCUUUCUCGGGUUUGCGGAUUGGCCAUCUAUCCAAAGUGCCUGGAUCUUAUACCAAAGGAAUCUCAUGCCAAACUUGACAAGAAGAUAUGGAAAAACAUUGAUGAGUGUCCGGAGGAUGAGCUUGACUAUGUUUAUGACCUGGGUCUCUACGAGAUCGAGAAUGAGCGUUGUUGA